AUGAACCCGAUAAAAGAAUUUAAAACUUCUUCAAUUACAAUGGGUACAGAGAGGAAGAUACAGCUCAAGAGAGUAUUUGGAUAUUGCUGGGGCACAAGUUUUUUAAUUGUAAAUAUAAUUGGAACAGGCAUUUUUGUGGCCCCCAAAGGGGUAUUGAAGUACUCGUGCAUGAAUGUGGGGCUCUCCCUGUGCAUCUGGGUUGGUUGUGCCCUGUUGUCCAUUAUGACCACUCUCUGCUCAGCAGCGAUAGGUAUAACCUUCCCAUGCAGUGGAGCUCACUACUAUUUUCUCAAGAGAUGUUUUGGCAAUUUGAUCUCUUUCCUGAAUCUUUGGACAACCUUGUUUCUGGGGCCAGGGCUAGCUGCCAGCCAAGCCCUGCUCCUUGCUGAGUAUAGUAUCCAGCCUUUUUAUCCCAGCUGCUUUGCUCCAAAGCUGCCAAAGAAAUGUCUGGCACUAGCCUUAUUGUGGAUUGUGGGAAUUCUGAAUUCUCGUGGUAUGCAAGAGGUGACUUGGCUUCAGAUAGCCAGCACUGUGCUGAAAAUGGCCACACUUGGCCUUAUUUCCCUAAGUGGAGUAGUGUUGCUGGUGAGAGGGAGGAAGCAGAAUCUAGAAUUAUUUCAGAUCUCUUUUGAUGCUGAGUUUCCAGAAGGCUCCCGGUUUAUUGAAGCCGUCUUCCAAGGAUAUUUUGCAUAUUCAGGUGGAGGAUGCUUUAUGUAUAUAGCAGGGGAGCUGAAGAAACCCAGAAAGACAAUUCUAAAAUGCAUAUUUACUGCAUUCCCUUAGGUGACUAUCAUUUAUUUACUGGUUAACAUUUCCUACCUGGCUGUUCCGACACCCAAGGAAAUUCUCUCUUCAGAUGCUGCGGCUAUUGUGUGGACUGAUAGAGUUAUCCUCUCAUUAACGUGGGUUAUUCCUUUAGGUAUUUCUGCCUCGUUAUUUCGCACCCUUCUGAUUAAUGUAUUUGAAUCUCGAGUAAUAUAUAUUGCAGGCCAAGAGGGCCAGCUGCCUUUGUUAUUUAACAUGCUUAAUGAUUACUCCUCUCCAUUUAUAUCUGUGCUACUACUUGUCACCAUGGCAUCCGUUGCAGUUGUCUUGACAAACCUAAUUGAUUUGAUAAACUAUCUUUAUUUUGUAGUUUCUAUUUGGUCUGCUUUAUCAUUGAUAGCAAUACUAAAACUGAGAUACCAGCAGCCCAAUCUACCUCGACCUUAUAAGAUGUUUUUGCCAUUUCCAUUGGUAGCAAUAGCCAUCAGCCUAUGCUUGGUUUUGAUACCUUUUGUGAAGUCUCCACACAUGCAUUAUAUCUACGUGUGUCUCUUUAUUCUCAGUGGACUCUUGUUUUAUAUACCUUUAAUAUAUUUUAAAUUGAGGUUGGUUUGGUUUGAGACGAUGACGUGUUAUUUACAAUUGCUACUUAAUAUUUGCCUCCCUGAUGUGUCUGAUGAACAGAUGUUAGAAAUAGAAAUAGGAACCGUUAAAAAAAAUAACAUUCUAAAAACACGCCAAGUUCCAAAUAAAGAUUAA